UUUUAUUAAAAGGUUCCAACAAAUUAAUCUCGAAAUCUCCGGAGAAACAAGAAAUGGAUUCUGCGGAGAAGGGUUUGCUCGUCCACGGAGAAGAAGAAGAAGUCAACACGAAAGAUGUGUUACUCCGGGAGAUGGGUAGGCUCAGCUACAUCGCAGGUCCAAUGGUUGCCGUGAACUCGUCCAUGUACUUUCUCCAAGUGAUAUCGAUAAUGAUGGUUGGUCAUCUCGGUGAGCUUUACCUAUCAAGCACAGCCAUAGCCGUUUCUUUCUGCAGCGUCACUGGCUUCAGCCUCGUCUUUGGUUUGGCUAGUGCGUUGGAGACUCUAUGUGGUCAAGCCUAUGGAGCUAAGCAGUUCGAGAAGCUCGGAGAACAUACUUACACAGGGAUGUUAGCUCUGUUCUUUGUUUGCAUCCCUUUGUCUGUUCUGUGGAGCUUCAUGGCUGAGAUACUCUCUUUCAUCGGACAAGAUCCUGAGGUUUCUCAAGAAGCGGGGAAGUUUGCGACUUGGCUCAUACCAGCUCUCUUUGGUUACGCGACAAUGCAGCCUCUUGUUAAGUUUUUCCAAGCGCAGAGUUUGAUUCUGCCGUUGAUGAUAAGCUCAGUCUCUGCUGUGUGUUGCCAUGUUGUUCUCUGCUGGAGUUUGGUUUUCAAGUUCGGGCUUGGAAGCAUCGGUGCAGCUAUUGCCAUCAGCGUUUCUUAUUGGUUGAACGUGGUUGUGCUUGGAUUGUACAUGAUGUUUUCUUCAACUUGUAGCGAGAGCCGUGGGAAGAUCUCCAUGAGUGUGUUUGAAGGAAUGAGAGAGUUUUUUCAGUUUGGUAUCCCAUCUGCAUCCAUGAUUUGCCUGGAGUGGUGGUCAUUUGAGUUUCUUGUCAUAUUUUCUUAUUUUUUUGAAAUAAAACAACUCAUGUUUUGGAAUGAAAUGUCAUUUAUGCAAUCUUGCUUGCUUGCUUCCUUGUUGAACAGUCUAUCAACAAUCUUCACCUUGUACCAAAUACCAGAGAGUCUAGGCGCCGCAGCAAGUACAAGAGUUGCAAAUGAGUUAGGAGCUGGAAGCCCGAAAAAAGCUCGAAUGGCGGUGUACACAGUGAUGGUCAUGACAGGAGUAGAAUCAGUACUAGUGGGUGCAACCGUCUUUGCUGCAAGAAACGUAUUUGGCUACCUAUUCAGCUCUGAAGCCGAAGUUGUGGAUUAUGUAAGAUCAAUAGCUCCUCUGGUUUCUUUAUCAGUCAUAUUCGACGCCCUUCACGCAGUUCUUUCUGGUGUGGCAAGAGGAUCAGGGAGGCAAGAUAUUGGAGCAUAUGUAAACCUUGCUGCGUACUAUCUCUUUGGAAUACCAACUGCUAUUGUUUUAGGUUUUAAGUUUGACAUGAGAGGAAAAGGACUCUGGAUUGGUAUUACAGUUGGGUCAUUUGUGCAAGCCGUUCUGCUUGGUCUUAUCGUCAGCCUCACCAACUGGAAACAACAGGCCAAAAAGGCGAGAGAGAGAGUGAUGGGUGAGGAGUUUGAAGAGGAGAAAGAUAAUGAAGAAGAACGUGUAGAGCUGAUCAGCUAAUAUCAAAAAGACUUUGAAUCAUUUAAUGUUGUGUUGUUAUUAGGUUUGAAUGUGCACAACGAGUUUUGGCAUCUUCUUUCUUGUGACAAAUGAUAAAAUAAGAGGUUAAUGAUCGUUAAUCAAAUGACAUUUGUGUAAAGUUGACUAAAACAAGAGAGUUGUUCUAAGUU